GCUCCUCGCACUCUCUGAAGUAUUUCUACAGUGGCGUGUCUCAGCCCAACCAAAGCCUGCCCCAGUUUUUCAUGAUGGGCUACCUGGAUGAUCAGCUUGUUAUUCACUAUGACGAAUACACCGAGAAACACCAUGCAUUCUCCUGGUUGGAGAUUUUGGAGAAGGACCCCUACACUGAGCCUUUGUUUUUAUAUACCCUUUCUAAGGAGAAUAGGCUCAGAGACUAUCUGAAGGAAAUGAGGAAUCAUUAUAUUCUGAGCAAAGAACUUCUCACAUGGCAGUGGACGUACAGCUGUGAGAACGAGAACAACAGCGAUCAGUUUUGGCAGUUUGGGAUUGGCCACAAUGGGAGUAGCUUCUUCAGCUUUCACAGGGACAACCUCACCUGGGUGGUAACUGAUCUCCAGGCCCAGGUCACUGAGAGGAGGCAGGAUAUUGACCAUCUGUGGUUCAUCAUCGCAGAAAUUUUCUGCUUUGACUUGCUACGUGUCUACAUGGAGCACAAGGAGUUUCAACUUCAACUUGUCAGGGAUCAAAAGCCUCCAGUGGUGACGAUAACCAGUAAGAUAGAGCCUGAUGGUAUGGAAACCCUCACCUGUCAUCUGAAUGACUUUUACCCCAACAAGAUCACUGCCAGCUGGAUUAAGUAUGGAAAGCCACAGAAAAACUACCUUGAGACACCAACCUACACCCAGAAUGGGACCUUCUAUGCCUGGCUCAGCAUUACGAUCAGUCCCAAAGACAGGCACCGCUACCAAUGUCACGUGGAACAUAAUCGCCUGAAGAAGCCUCUCGAUGUGGUCCUAAACAAGCCCCCAGUGGUGACGGUGAACAGCGAGAUAGAGCCUGAUGGCAUGGAAAUCCUCAUUUGUCAUCUGGAGGGCUUUUACCCCAAGAAGAUUAAUGCUUUCUGGAAGAAGGAUGGGAGGAUUUGGCACCAUGACACCGUCAGUGGAAGUGUCACCCCCAGCCUGUAUGGGACAUACCGCCAGUGGCUUAGCAUCAGAAUCGAUCCCAUGGAGAGGGACCUCUACCGAUGCCAUGUGGAGCAUAAGAGUCUCCAGGAGUCCCUGGAUGUGGCUGUUAAUGAAUGCCCACGGCACAGCCCUCUGCAAAGGCCUCAUGUGGCUGUUUCUCUCACUCGGUUUAUGGCUGCUCACUUUCUCCUUCCCCCGGCUUGA